AUGCGCGGGUGUCUUCAUGUCACGCGCGUGGCGCGCCAUAAACGAAACGAUAAAGGCGGCAACGCCCACAACUUCGCCUUCGACACCCUCACGAAGGUCUACCGCGACGCCGUGUACUUGCCACAGGAGAAGUACCGGAGAGGCCUGAUGGACCCGGAGCGUAGCCCCGGGGUGCCACUGCCGCAAGCAGCGCUUGUCGCGCCGUCGAGCAGCUCGGACGUCACCAACCACGUCGGCAACAUCGGUGUCAUGAGUUCGGUUGCUACCAAGCUAUCCGAUUGGAUGGAGCAGCAGCAGCACCAGAAGAAGCAUCACGCCGAUGACGACGGAGGGACAGGGCACGCAUCUGCCACCGCAAGCUGCGCUACACCGAUCACCCGUGGCAGUGUAGCGUCCUCUUCCCCCUCACCCGCCCCCUCUGGCGAAGCUGCGACGACCGAAGAGUCGCAUAUGGACGACGAGACCAUUCGGAGGCGGCUGCGCACCCAUCUCUUCUCCAACAAAAAACAGCCAGGGCAGCCUCGCACCGCAUCUCCCACGCCAGUCGCGACAGCCUCGGCAUCUCCGCGACGCAGCGGAGUCCAGGCCGAGAUACUGAGCGUGUAUCGGAGCAUGUUGCGAGAGGUCUCGCGCAUGCAGGACGCCGACACGCGGCGCAACUUGUCGGCGUACAUUCGCCAGGAGUACGACAAGCAGCGCGACAUUCCCCGCAAGAACAUCAUGAAGAUCGAGUGGAGGCUGAACUAUGGCAAGCGCAAGCUGGAGGAGUUGCAGGCGAUGAACAAGCAUACAAAGUUCACCAUGAUGCAUUGA